AGAUGGUGAUCAAACAGCAGAGAUAACAAUCUGACCUUAGCUGAGAUUUUCAACCUGCUGCUGCUCCCUAACACCAACAAACUCACCUCAGGAUGGCUCGUCUUGCUCUGUCUGCGAUUGUGAUGAUGAUGGCCUUCAUCGCUCUCACUGAAGGCCUGCGUGGAGUUGGCCCAAAGAAGUGCUGCUUCAAGUUCAAUGAUAAGCCGGUGUCAAAGGAUAAAGUUGUGAGCUACAUCAGAACCAGUCAGCGCUGCUCCAACCCUGCCAUCUUGCUGAAUACAGUGGCCGGCCGUCAGAUGUGUGUCAGACCUUCAGCCUCCUGGGUGAAGGAUCUCAUCAGCUACCUGGAGACCAAAGAUGUUUCUGGUGCAAACACCAACCUGUAAACCUGACAAUAAUAUGCCAACACUCCAGCUUACAUAAAUAUGUAGGUUGUGAUGCUACAGUUUCUUACUGAAUACAGCAGCUCUCUUUCCAUGAUAUUUAUCAAAUAUCCUAAUAUUUUAUGGUAUACUACCAAGAUGAGAUGAAGGAGAAUCAAUUUUUUUUUCAUACAAAUGAAGUAUGUUUUGAACAACAAGAGUAUUUUUGUUAAAUGCAACACUUUAAGUUCAACCAUCAACACUGUAAGUUUUGAUUGUAGUUUGAACUAACCAGAUAAGGUAUCUAUUGUAAAAGACAAAUGUCUUCCAAAUAAACAAAGUGUCAUCUUUAUUAAAUAA